AGCAUCUAGUCUCCAAGCAACUGAAGACACUGACUGCAUUCUCCUAUUUUCACAUUGUCAUCUGUAUAUUAUCUGAGCUAAAGAAGACGAGGAAGUGUGCAAUAAUCUGAAGUUGCUGUGGUGACCAUGACGAGUGAUGUAGCACGCGACAAGGCGGCCCGUCUGCUAAAGAAGCAGGGGUCGAUGUCUUCCCUGGCCAGCAGUGAUGUUCACCGAGGAAAGAACUUGGGUCUACCUGUAGAAAAAAGUAUAGACAAAAGUCUACCUGGAGAAUGGUCUCGAGGCUGGACUGAUAACUGUUCUAUGAGUACCGUGUCUUUCACCGAUGACCCAGGUCAUGAUGACCAUUAUCGACCACCGGUCAAAUAUGAAAACUCAUACCAAACAGCACCCGACCAGAAGUUCCCUACUGCCAAGAUACGCUACAUCAUCAGUGAUGUUCUUGAAAGCUGUCUUCGCCAUGAAAAAUAUGAGCCCGAACUGUGUCGCCAACUCUCAAAGACCACAUCAGAGAUCAUUAAGACGCGGGUGAGAGAAAUGAACAUACCACGCUUUAAGAUCAUCUGUCUAGUCCACAUAGGACAGCUCAACAACCAAGGUCUCCGGAUCGGCAGUCGGUGCUUGUGGGAUUCAACAUGUGAUACGUUUUCCUCCUACGAAUUCCGUAACAAUAAGUUAUUUGCCAUAGGGUCAGUUUAUGGGGUAUAUUUUGAGUGAGUUGGAUCAUUUUUUUUUUUUUGGGGGGUGUUCAUGUUCAACUCAGUUAUAUCACUAUAAGAUAUUUUGCAAUUUUGGCAAUCAGGUUGAAUAUAGACACCCACAACAAGAUAUUUAAAGAUGGAGGAAAAAAAUGGAUGAUAUUUAGAUUUUGUUUUUAUAUCAAACUAAUUUUGAAAUGACUUUUUGGUUCAAGAACAAGUUUGAUAGAUGUGAAUGCAAAAGCAAACAAAAAAAGAAUAUUUUUGCAUAAGAAAUUGAUUUUGAUGAAUUAAUAAGGUUGUAUACAUUAGCAAUAAAUUUCUCCUGAUUGAAUAUGGGAGUAAGGUAUGGUCCCACUUUUCAUCAAAACAUCCAUGAUUGUGCAAUAGUGUUUUGCUGAAUUUCAUGGACACUUGUUUUGACCAUGAAGAUACACUAUUCUUUAUGUAUGAAUGUGAAUGUAUUGUGGUGAUGGAAUUUUACAAGUUCACCAAUAUUUCUAUCUAGGUAAAAGUCUGAGUAGGUAAAAGUCCUGCUUUAUCCAUAUUGGCAGGAAACUGUUUUGGCAAUGCUUCACAUGUAUUUGAAAAAAUUAGAAGAAUUAUGGAUAAUUCUCAAGUAUCAAAGAAAUUGUCAAUAUACACGUAUACCAAUAGUUAAAUCAAAUUAAAAAUCAGGAAUAAUUAAAGAAAUUUUGCACUCAUACUGAUACAAUGUUAUCUGGUCAUUUUUAAUUCAUAAAAAGUAAAUCAUGUUAUUUCAAUAUUGUUUGAAAUACUAUAAAUAAGUGAAAGCUCAUCUUUACAAUGAUUGCUACACAAACAAUAGAGCUCGGAAAGCUAACUGUUUGGAUUACAAAGAUUUCCCCUGCCCCCAGAGCUGACACACUACCAGUUAGCCUGUAAUGUACAUACUUUAUAUAAUCUAACUUAGACAGGUUUUACUGUUAAUACAAGCUUACCUGUACAAAGGUAGAUCCUGUACCAUAUUCCAACUAAUAAGGGCCCUUGAUAAUCAGCAAUUUACAAAAAAAUACAACCAUUGCAAAACCUGACAAAGUCAUAAAAAUAGUUUUUUUUUCAAACCAGAAAAAGCAUAUAUGUUUGUAAUUAUAAAUAGAAUUGGUCUUUUAAAGAAAGACAACUGCUAAUUUAUUUCUGAUUUAUAAAAUAAGUGCUAUAUUUAUUUUAAUAUACAAGAUUGGUCAGGUAGAUCUAUGUUGGUGUUUCUGUAAAAUUAUACAUGCCAUGUAUAUACUAGUGUGAUAGUCACACUGUAUGUGUGUCUGCAUUCUCGCACAAAACCUCACUCCAUCGUUUGAGGAGGAAUUGAUGUCUUGAGUCAGAAUCAAGAAGUACCUGUAUGGCUGUAAUUUAUGAUUUUUUGAUGAUUCAAAACGUGUUCACUAUCCGUAGAUAUUUUUGUCAAUUUUGACUCCAUUGUGGGGUACGGUUUUCUAUCUUAUGUAUUCCCUCCGUUAUAUACUGCUAUUUAUUCACUGCUUAUUUCAAUGUUUCUAGUUUUACACAUUUAGAUGUCUUUUUUGGACAAAUAUGUUACAUACUAUUUUAGAAAUAGAUUUUUUUUCUUGAGAACUGAAACAGAUUGUAAAAAAGUCCUCCUGAUUUUUUUAUUAUUUUUUUGUAGGUAAUUUUUUUUCACAUUUUUCUAUUUCUGUGUUUUCCUUGUUUAUGUUUACUUUCAUAUUUCUGUGUAUGAACAUUAAUAUGAUCAUGUAUUAAUUAAGAAAUGAGAUCUGUUUACUUUCAAAAUAAAUGAUGUUAAAUGCUGUAAGGACAUACAGUACAGUGGAGUCAUGCCAGUCUCACAAGGUCCUUUCACAGAUAACUGGUCACCAUUUUGGUAUCUAUUUGUGCAAAUUUGAGAAAUGAAAAAGGAUUUUUCUGUUUUAGUACCGUUUCAUUCUUGAAUUUAGCUGAAAACUUGCUUAUACUAAAACAUGUUUCUUACAUGUGAAAUUCAUGUAAAACCUUAACAUAAGCAUUUAGAAGUUGAUUUUCUUGUUUAUCCCAGCGUGACGAUUAACAAGGUUCCACUGUACAUGCAGAGUACGAGACGUUUUUCUUUACUGGUGACGGUAUUCUAUCUAGUAUAACAGUAUUAAGGUUUACAUGAACUUGUGGUUUUCUGAUCUUUGUAUUCUAUACAUCUUUUGCUCCUUGAUACAAUCAAUCUAAUCAAAAUAGGUUUAUUCCCUAUGUUAUUUAAGUGCCUCUUGGUAAUAUAUAUACACUGUACAUAUUGCGGUCGAAAUGGUUUGUUCAAAGGGUUUUUUAAGUCUUCUAUCUUUCAUCUAUGCAUCAUUAAUGUUACAUGUUUUUCCGUUCGUUUUAGAUUUUGUCAGUCAAACUUGAAAUAAUUCACUUCGUUUCGGGUAUUUAUGAUAUACAGUUUAUGGUAUAUUUUCCGUCGAGAUGCCAUUUCAUAUUUGUUCCAUUUAAAAAUGUAAAAUAUUAUAAAUUGUCAAUGAAAACCCUCUUUGAUCAAUAUGGUAUUUGAUGGUUGGCCUGUCUAAAUUAUUUCUGCAUGCCGUUUUCUCCCUCCUUAUUGUUAAAUUAUUAACUGGAAGUAUUCCUUUACAUUUGUAUUUAUCUGUAAUCUGUUUCUGUGAUAGCACUGUCAAGUGUACCAUACAUUCCUGUACCAAAUGUCCAUUGUGUAUGAUUAAGGGUUGGAGAGCAUUUUCUAACUUAUUUAUAUGAUAUGAAGCUGUUUUGAAAUAUACUUUUUUCUAUAAUAUAUAUACAAUAUAUGUACAUUUUAUUAUACUGAUAUUUUAAGUUAUCCACUUGCACAAUCAAUUAGAAACAUGUUCAUGAAUUUUAAUUUAAUAAGAUGAUAUAAUUGUGUUAUUGGUGACAGUUUAAAACAAACUAUACUAUCUAUUCUAAAAUUUAUCGAUGAUGGUCAGGGUUAGAUCACAAUCAUUGACGAACAUUUUCUUGUCUCUGACUGGCCAAUAGUAAUAUUAAUACAGUUGUACCUGUAUUUCCUUAAAGUUUAACCAGGUGUGAACAGAACGCCUUCACCAAAUAAAAUGUCACUCAAACUGUGUGCUCUUACAACGAAUGUUACUCAACGAAAGUGACUGGGACGUAGCUAAGUGUCCAAAGAAUUACUGUCUCGAACAUUAGUCAUCAAAUCUGAUUUCAAAGGAUGAUCUUUUCUGCAUAAACAUCCAAGAAAGGUACUUUUUUUGAGCUAUUUCUGUAACUUUCCAGCGUUAUUAUUUCUAGAAUUAUUUGCUGAUUAUGAAGUUAUGUUGCACAGUUUUCGAGUGCUGGUUGGGAGGACACAUUAGUGUUGGGUGGAGUGGGUAGGAGUGGUAGAUUUUGUCCUAUGUACUCCCACCAAGAUCCUUUCUCUUGCUUAUAGACAGAGAACACAGUUUAAUAAAUGACAAAUUACCAAAUAA